AUGGAGGAUGACUUACAACGUAAGGUCAUCAAACAACGUUUAAAGCAGUUUUAUGGGAGUAAUACAAACAACUCACUGGUUGAUCAGAAUGAUCCUUUAAAUAUUGACAGUCCAUCCUUCGAUCCACAAUUGUACUUGGAUAAAAGUCUUAAGACUAAAGACCUUUCUGAUCUAAUAUCAGAAGAAAAGGCCCUAACCGAUCAGAUUCGCAGUCUGGAUUCCGACAUGCAAACACUAGUAUAUGACAACUACAGCAAAUUCAUUAGUGCAACCGACACCAUUAGAAUGAUGAAAUCUAAUUUCAGUUACGUCCAGGCCGAAAUGAAUUCAUUACUUCAAAAUAUUGCCUCCAUUGUUUCAGUUUCUGGUACGAUUAAUGGAAAUUUAGCUGAUAAGAGAAAGAAACUGGGCACACUGACAACUACCCAGUUGACUCUAAACAAACUAAACUACUUAGUUGAACUCCCAGUCAGCUUAAGGAAAUAUAUGAACAAAUGUGAUUGGGAUCAUAUUGUACUUGACCUUAAUAAAGCGAAAUACAUUUUAAAGAGUUAUCACAAUACUCCAUCUUUUAAGAAUAUUCGUGAGGACUGCGCUGAGAUAGUAUCGGAAAUUUGUUCGAAACUAUGGCGUCAAUUUGAUGAGUCUAGCGAUAUGGCUGAGUGUUCUAAUCGUUUAAAAAUUCUGCAGCAGCUUGGUUUCUCGAGACGAAAAUUGUCAAGAGCGAUAUUACGUUUGGCUAAACGUCAAGUAUCUCAACGUUUAGCUUAUAUUAAGACUUUGGUGUGUGAAGGAGACAAGCGAAGUGUUCAGAGAGAAGAAACCGUUGGUUCUGCUGAAAACAUUGCGAAUCCAUUUGUCCAAGAGUCUUCUUCUGAAGAAAUGGACGUGUUAUACUUCGCCAAUCUCAUAACGGAUUCUGUCCUCAUUAAGCUUUCUGAAUUUAUUGGACUACUGGCGGAUUUUUAUUUCACAAGGUCAGAUGAAAGUGAAUCUAUGGAUACUAUUUUGGAUGUCAUUUCUGGUAAAACAGAAAAUAGUGCCUCAGAAAUCGAUGAUGGUUCUUUUGAGGAAAAUUUGUCAAGUUUGGUUGAAGAACUGAUGCAUGAAUUUUUUAUUUUGGUUCGAACUCGUUUUGAAUCGGAGAGCACAAAUAAUGAUGUCAAUUUAUUGAUACGAGCUUUGGAUCGUAUUCACUGUCGAGUACAGACCUUUAAUCGGUCACUGUUAACAUCAGUUACUUCUGUAGAUUUUGAAGGUGUGCUAUUGGAUGAUUUAAGUCCUGAAUCGUUAUCUAUAGUGAAUCGAUUCUCUUUACUUACUAAUCAGUUUUCAAACUCGGCUCUGGAAAUAAUUAAUCAAGUUGCUCGAAUGCAAACUACUUAUUACUUUGAUAUAUUAUGCCAAAAUGCAGUUGAAUCAUUUACGGAUCUCCGACAUAAACUGGCUAGUCAUGGACUACAAACAUCCAAUUCAACUAAUGAAGAAGUCAACAAAGUGAACAAGAUGGGAAAUAACAAUCAUCAACUUUCAUCACUUUUAGAUGCUCUCAGUUCGUCACUUGUUUCACAGUUGCGCAAUGUACUAAAAGCGGAAGAGGCUUUCCUUAGUACUAAUAGUACAUUUUCUAGUAGACCACAAUUUCGUAAUUCAUUUUGCAUUGAUCAAAUUAGAGAAGGACUUAUCGUUGGUUACUUAAACUUUCUUGUUCAAUUUCUUAGUGAUCUAGCUAAGACAGCUGUAUGCAAAAUUCCGGGUCCUAUUUUACUAACACUUGGAAAAUUAUGUUUAAUGUGGGCUGAUUCUGGUACAGUUGGACAUUUGAUUUCUCUGGCCGACGAUUUUAUGCUUUUCGGCUCACAAACAAAAGAAUCAAAAAAGGAAGAUUUUAAUACAGAGAAUGGUAACAGAUCACUCACUACUCCAAAAGAUGUAUCAAAUCGUUUCAGGUCUACUGGUAACGAGCUUCUAGUUGCUUUUGUUCGCUUAGAAGGUACAAAUUUGGCACAACUACUUCGAAAGAGUGUUGAAGCAAGGGAUUGGCUGAAAAAUUUGGAACCACGUACAGUUCGUUCUGCAGUUAAAAGAGUGAUAGAAGAUUUAGCAUCACUAGAUCAACAAGUCAGCCAGCUGUUUUCAUCAAAUACUCGUAAUCGUGAUCGUAUUUCUGAUUCACGUUCCAGUCGUAGUCUACGACCUAGCACUUCAUCACAUCUUAUAGACGCUACACGAACUGGAAGUUCAAGUCAAGGAUUUCAUUCUCCUGACUUAGAUCCAACUCUAGCUACUCAUUUACGCCGUUUAUUUACGCAAAGAGUUGAUAUUUUUACUGCAGUUGACGCGAAUCGGGAAUCACUACUUUUGGGUGUCAUCAAAAUAGGUUUAAAGACUUUGAUAGAGUGUUCACGUUUACAAACAUUUGGUCGUUACGGUCUACAACAAAUACAAGUUGAUUGCCGAUAUUUACAAAUUCAUUUGUGGCAUUUCGUAAAUGAUGAAAAGCUCAUUUGUAUGUUACUAGAAGAUGUGAUCUACAGUGUUGUUCAGCGUUGCGUUGAUCCAUGUUUCAUGGAAGAGAGUGUUGUCGAAGCGAUUUGUGAUCGAGCAUAA